UCUUGAACUCCAAGUUGCUUGGCUUGCACACCAUGUUUUUUGCCCCAAAUACUUCGGCACACCAAGUUGUUCGCCCAAACACUUCAUUCUGUACGCGCCCGUGGUCUCGCGCCCCCAGCAUCUACCGCCUUCCUCUCGCGCGUGUGCGCCAGCCUCCCCUAUGCCCGCGCGACUUAGGAAGUCCGCGCUUGUGUCGCACUCGCGCGCUAGUCCGUGCGCUCCCUGCCAGCCGAUCUCCUCGCGCGCGUGCUGUCGCGUGCCUGGAUUAUCUAUGCGGUCGAGGACUCCGAUCGCGUGCUGCUCACCUGUGCGCCACCCGUGCCCCGCGUCUUUGCUUCCUAUCGCCAGCGCGUCCCAGCCACGUUCGCACAUGUUGCGCUCAUCCA